CUUUAAACAUUUAAUAGAUGUUCAAGUGUACUCUAGAGUGCACCACUACCCAGUCCUCAGGGCCAGAAACCACGAGCUACAGCCAUGGGCAUCCCAGAGCCUAACCCUCCCCCUCCCAUCACUACCAGGGACAUUAUAGCUGUAACAACAUUUCUACUCAUCCAAGCACCCUGGACAAUCCUCCGAACAACCCUAACCCAUCUCACGCAAAUACCCAACCGCCCACCACUCUUAAAAGAUCUCACCCGAUCUCUCAUCCGCAAUGCCUUCAAAUCUCUCCCCCUCUCAAUCCACAACACCUCCCUAAACAACUACAAACCAGGCUCUCAGACUCUCUCCUCACCCCGAUACACCCACCUGAAAGUCCACCUCUUCCACCCCAUUCACCGACCCCCCUUCACAGCCUACUGGAUCACCCGCGGCCUGUCUACCCAACUCCCCCCCAACAAAGCAGACAUAGUAAUCUACCACAUGCGCGGAAGCGGCUACGCCCUCGGCCACCCAGCAGCCCACCUCCCCGCCCUCCUCUUCCUCGCCGAGAUCCUAGAAAAGAGGGGUCUAAAACCUGCCAUCUUCUCUCUGGACUAUACACUCGCCCAGAACGCACCCUUCCCGAAACAAAUCGAUGAGGCGCUCGCAGCAUAUGGAUACCUCCUUGAAGAGGAGGGGAUAGAUCCUGAAAGGAUAUGCCUGAUGGGUGAAUCUGCGGGGGGGCAUCUUGCUUUGGCUUUUUUGGUUGCGCUUUCUCUUAGUCAUUCUGGGGUUGGGGCUAAAUAUCCGCGUCCGGGCUCGGCGGUUUUGCUUAGUCCAUGGAUUGAUCUUUUGCUUGAGUCCCCGCGGACCAGGGAUCUCGAGAAGAGGGAUUAUAUGUCUGGGUCUUUUUUACGGGAGAGCGGGGAGAGGGUUCUAUCUUCUGAUACUGAUAUGAGACUUCGGGGGCUUUUUGGGAAUUUUAGGACUUCGUCUACUCGUCGUGGAGGGUGGGAGGCCAUUCUUCCUACUAGGAUUUGGGUUUCUGCUGGUGCAGAUGAGAUCUUUGCAGAUGAUAUUGUUGGGUUUGUUGAGCGGGCGAGGGGUGAAGGGGUUGCGGUUGAGUUGGAGGUUCAGGGAGGGAAGUGUCAUUGUUGGCAGAGUGGAGAGGCGCUUUUGUGUCAGAGGAAGGUUUUGGGGAUGGCGAUGGAUGAGGAUGGGGUGGAGGGGAUGAUGCCUGGGCUUGUGGGGGUGGCGGGUGCUGUUGCUGGAUUUCGGGUAUAGAGUAUAAAUUACGUUUUAAGAGGUGUAUUGUGGCUUUUUGAUUUCUAGAUUGCAUUGUUUUAUAUACCUUUUGAGAUAGAUGAGCUUAAAAUUAUUUAUUCAACAUCCAAACCGCGG